GACAUCAUCCUCCUGCACAUGUGUGUAUAUAUAAGGAAUGGCCAAAGCAACUCAUACUUCAGUCACUUUCAAAACCAGCUGAAGGCAAGAGGAAGCAUUAGAGAGAGCCUCCCCUUCAGCCUAUCUCUGACGUUUAUGAACUUCGCUCCCCAGGAAUCUCAAGGAGAUGAUGGCAGGAAUGAAAAUCCAGUUGGUAUGCCUGGUACUCCUGGCUUUCAGCUCCUGGAGUCUGUGUUCAGAUUCAGAAGAGGAAAUGAAAGCGUUAGAAACAGAUUUAUUGACCGAUGUGUAUACAUCAAAGGUCAGUAAGGCAAGUGUUCCUUCUUGGAAAAUGACUCUGCUGAGUAUUUGCAGUCUUGUAAACAACCUGAACAGCCAAGCUGAGGAGACAGGAGAGCCCCUUAUUACAAGAAGGAAAUUUCCCACUGGCUUAGAUGAUUUUAGCUUGGAAGCAAUGUUGACGAUAUACCAGAUCCGAAAUAUCUGUCACAGCAGGGCCUUCCAACACUGGGAGUUAAUUCAGGAAGAUGUUCUUGAUAAUGGAAAUGAAAAAAAUGAAAAGGAAGAAGUUAUAAAGAGAAAAAUUCCUUACAUUCUGAAACGGCAGCUAUAUGCAAAUAAACCCAGAAGACCCUACAUACUCAAAAGAGAUUCUUACUACUACUGAGAGGAUAAAUAUUUUAUUUCCAUGUGAUUGUGACUUAUCACUUUUUAAUUAAAUAUCAAAUUAUAACUGUGUGGGAAUGUGAGAGAACACAAUUACAUAGUCUCUUCUACAAUUGUGCUUUAUUGGAUGUAAUUAUUCUGCACUAAUGGAAAUUGGACUAAAUGUUUUCAAUAAAUCUACAUCUUGAGCAUGA